AUUCUCAGUGCAGUGCAGCAGGAGGAUAAGCAGGAGCUGAGUCGAGGCUGCACUGUGGGUCAGACUAGCCUGUCCUCACUAAAGCCCUUACACGAGGAAACUGCAGAACCAUGGCAGCUGCUUUAACUUCACGAGUAGUUCUGGUUAGAAACUCUAACAGACUGCUUUACUUUGUGAGGUCCCACUUCCACACUAGCAAUGGAUUGUCCUCCAAAGAGCAUUAUAAGGUUGUGGUGCUUGGAGGUGGCAGUGGUGGUAUUACCAUGGGUGCCCGAAUGAAAAGGAAAUUGGGUGCAGAGCAUGUGGCUAUUGUGGAGCCCAGUGAGAUGCAUUAUUACCAGCCCAUGUGGACAUUAGUCGGGGCAGGGGCUAAAACUAUUAGUGCAUCUGGACGUUCCACUGCCAGUGUGAUGCCCUCUGGAGUCAAAUGGGUCAAGUCCAGAGUCAUGAAGAUUGACGCUAAAAACAACACUGUCUUUACAGAGUCUGGGAAAGAACUUUCCUAUGACUACCUGAUUGUAGCACUGGGACUCCAGCUGAACUAUGAGAAGAUUAAAGGACUUCCAGAAGGUUUUGAACAUCCAAAGAUUGGCUCCAACUAUUCUGUGAAAACCGUAGAGAAGACAUGGAAAGCAUUACAGCACUUCAAGGAGGGAAAUGCUAUUUUUUCCUUUCCCAACACUCCUGUGAAGUGUGCAGGAGCACCUCAGAAGAUCAUGUACCUUUCUGAUUCCUUCAUGAGAAAGACAGGAAAACGGUCGAAAGCCAACAUCCUUUACAACACAUCAUUGCCAGUGUUGUUUGGAGUUAAGAAAUAUGCUGAUGCACUCUGGGAAAUUGUAAAAAGUCGUGACCUGAUUGUAAACCUCAGACACAACCUUGUAGAGGUCCGAGCAGACAAGCAGGAAGCGGUGUUCGAGAACCUUGAUAAUCCUGGAGAAACAAAGGUUUUUGAGUAUGAGAUGCUCCACGUUACUCCUCCUAUGGGACCACCAUCCGUGCUUAAGGGCUCCUCAUUAGAGGACGAAGGUGGCUGGGUUGAUGUAAAUAAAGACACCCUUCAGCAUAAGACGUACAGUAACGUGUUUGGAAUUGGGGAUUGUACCAAUCUUCCAACGUCCAAAACUGCAGCUGCUGUAGCUGCACAAUCAGGUGUCCUUGAUAGGACCAUUACCAAAGUGAUGAGGAAUGACAAGCCUGAUGAUAAAUAUGAUGGCUACACCUCUUGCCCUUUGGUCACCAGCUACAAGACAGUCAUCUUGGCCGAGUUUGACUAUAAUUUACAACCUCUGGAGACCUUCCCAGUAGAUCAGAGCAAAGAAAGCAGAAUCAUGUAUCAUAUGAAGGCUGACCUAAUGCCCCAUCUCUACUGGCAUGGUCUUCUCCGGGGACUUUGGGGAGGCCCAGGACCAUACAGAAAAAUCAUGCACCUUGGGAUGAAAUAGAGGUUGCCAGAGAUCAGCCAAAAGGAAUGGGCACUACUUGUAUUCACUCCUUACCACAUUUCUACUAAGCCUUUGUAUUAACAUUUUAACUUUCAAACAUACCAUACACAAUUGGUGUAACUUCAGGUAAAACGGGAUACAAAUAAUGCAUUUUAAACAUUAACCAAAUGUUUUUGUUCAGAAGAUAGAAAUGGCAAUUUGACAUUGUAUAUAAAGUUUUUAAACCAAACGAGUAUAUUCUAGAAACUGUACAGUGUGUUGGUUAUUUCUUGUCUUUUAGGUGACGGUGUAAUUAUUUCCAGUGUGACCGUUUUUGCUUUAAAUACAGUGGGAGAAAUAAAUGGUGUGUUCAACACAUGAACUAUUUUUCUAUUAAACCUAUUCCCUGUGCAGCUCUUGACAGGAAAUGCUGAGUGGACUUGGGUAAUAUUGCAGUAAACCUACACAAAAAGAAAUGCUAUUCUAAACCAUAAAAACGUUAUGUGCAAUAAAGUGGAAUGAUGCAGAUUUUAUUUAUUUUUAAUAAUUAAUUUUGUUUAGGCACUACCUAAAAAGCAGAGCUCCUGAUGAGUGUAUAAGCAAAAUAUUUGCAAGGGCACAAAAUCAACCUGAAUAGAAUAAUAUUGGAGCAUAUGAAUCAUGGAAUUUUAUGUACCAUUUGUGUAUUUUGCAUCAAUAAAUUGCUGCAUUGUCUUGACAGUGAUGCCAAUAAUCAGAUGCGCGUCACAGUUACAAAUACAUAUUUAUUCCUUUCUUUGGCACUGUAGGCCGUGCACCAGAAACACCACCACUAUGUUUGUUUAUUAUGGUGUGACUCUGCUGGGUGCCUGGUGGACAGCAGGGAACAAAGCACUUUCUCUUUACAUCAUUACUAUUGAAUAUUAUUGGACAUAAGAACUUAUUAGGCAUCGAUACACGGUAGUUUUAGAUUAUCUAAAACAAAGGAAAGAUGCUCAUAACUGCUACUGAACUAUAUAGUAGUAAGAAAUCACUCGGGUUAAAAAUUAUAUAAUGCAAAGACACGUUGCCUGCUAUGAAAAAAAAAAUUUAAUGAAAAUUUUCUGUAAGAUGUGUUAGUAAAUAAUCCCACUUCACUUUUUUUUUAUUUAAAAUAAGUGUUGGACAAAAAUGCAUCUAUUAUGUAAAUAAGGAUACAAAUUUUGUUGCCCGGUGGUCAAGUGUUUGAAAUGUUGCCUUGCACUUAUGAUCAGGUUCCCUGUGGUGGUACACAUUCAUCAUUUCAUACGUACGUGCAUGCAAUUAAAAGCCAUCAAAAAUCAGGUUGAUGCAUUACCAUAUUCUCUGAAGUCUGGCGCUCCACUCUACGGCACAUAUUUUUGUUGAAGAUAAUUAUUUAGUGAUUGGUUUUUCUCUGAAUAAAUUCGUUUCCAUUAAAGGCGCCCCCAAGUGUGAGAUGAAGCUACUUCACCAAAAGGUGGAUUUCUCCCACCUCCUCCCAACCCUUUUUACUAAGGGCUCUGGAUGCUCUACAGAAAAAUGGUUGUGUUUUAAUACUUAUUUCCCCCACUGUAGCUUUUUGACUAUAUUAUUUUAUUUUUUUAUGAAAUUGAGAUGAUUUGGUACUUAAAAACAAGAUGCCACAGCACUGUUGAAUUGUCUAAUCUAGUUAGUCAGAAGUGUGUGGGUUUUUUUUUUUUUUUAAUUUUCUAUCACCGAAGCCCUUGUUAUUGGGGGCCAAACAGUGAUGCUGUGUAGGCAUCUAUUAAUCAUCAUUUUCUUGCAGCCCAUGAAACCAUAUAGUAAAAUGCUUUUUGGCACACUGA